GCAAUAUUAUUAGAAUCUGCAAACGUUUAUUUAUUCCCCAACAUUUCGCAAAGCUCAACUUGAAGUUGUAGAGACACACCUCCAUUCUUCAUAAAAAUGGUUGAGUUUGAAGAUAAAGAUAAAUUAUCAGAUGCUCUCCUCAGAGAUGUUGAAUCUUCAUCAUCAGAUUCCAAUGCUUCCAUCAAAAGAACAGAUUCCAAUGCUUCCAUCAAAAGAACAGGGACUGUUUGGACGGCAAUUGCCCAUAUUAUAACAGGGGUGAUUGGCUCAGGAGUGCUGUCAUUGGCAUGGAGUGUGGCUCAGUUGGGGUGGAUUGCAGGCCCUCUCAGUAUGGUGGUGUUUGCAAUUGUCACUAUUAUUUCUUCCAAUAUUCUUUGUGAUUGUUAUAGAUAUCCUCAUCCUGAGGAUGGCCACAUCAGAAAUAAGUCCUAUGCUGAAGCUGUGGGUUCUUAUCUAGGGAAGAAGUGUAUGUGGGUGAUUGGAAUAUUUCUUCACGAAAGUUAUUUUGGAUUUGGAAUUGCAUAUACCAUAACAUCUGCAGUCAGUAUGAGGGCUAUUCUGAUAUCAAACUGUUACCACAAGGAGGGGCACGAUGCUCCAUGUGAAUAUGGAGACAGUUUGUUUAUUCUCUUGUUCGGAGCCGUUCAGCUAGUAUUCUCUCAGAUACCCAACUUCCAUAACAUGGAGGGGCUCUCGAUAAUGGCUGCUGUCAUGUCUUUUGCUUACACCUUCAUCGGUCUGGGUCUUGGUAUUGCGAAAGUAAUAGGAAAUGGACAGAUCAAAGGCGAUAUUCAUGGUGUAACGGCAAGUAGUGCUAUUCAAAAACUGUGGCUCUCGUCACAAGCAUUUGGAGACAUAGCCUUUUCGUUUAACUACAACAUAAUUCUUUUGAACAUUCAGGACACUCUCAAGGGACCUCUUGAAGAAAACAAGACGAUGAAGAAGGCGUCAUCUUCAGCCAUACUUAUCACGUCCUUCUUCUUCCUCACCUGCGGAUGCUUCGGGUAUGCUGCUUUUGGAGAUGAAGCUCCAGGAAAUCUUUUGACAGGCUUCGGAUUCUAUGAGCCCUACUGGCUCGUUGACCUUGCUAAUGUGUGUAUUGUUCUUCACCUCGUGGGAGGUUAUCAGAUAUUCAGCCAGCCAUUGUUUGCAGUAGCUGAAGCAGAGGUGGGGAGGAAAUACCCGGAUAGCGGGUUUGUGCACAAAGAGUACACAGUGAAGAUCCCACUGGUGCCUAGUUUCAAGCUGAACCUUCUCCGGCUGUGCUUCAGAAGUGUGUACGUUGCAGCCACGACUGGACUAGCGCUACUCUUCCCCUACUUUAACCAAGUGUUGGGAGUGCUCGGGGCAUUGAAUUUCUGGCCGUUGGUGAUAUAUUUUCCAGUGGAAAUGUACCUGGUACAGAAUAGGGUGAGAGCUUGGACAUGUAUAUGGAUACUUCUCCAAGCAUUCAAGAUCUUCUGCUUGCUCUGCACCAUUUUCGCGUUUAUCGGCUCGGUAGAAGGCCUUAUAUCCAACAAAUUAAAAUGAGUGCCACCAUGAUUCUCUUGUAUUGGAGCUUUGAACUCAUAUUUUGUGACUGUAAUUACUGAAAUAACAUGUGCUGUUUUGUAGUGAGUAUUUGGGAAGUGUUUUGUAGAACAUCAACAGAAUAUAUCAAUCGAUAUAAAUCUGUAUUUGAAUAUUUCCAAAUAUGGGUUUGAUAGUGGAAUUGAAUAUCUUAGGUA